UCUUCAACUGCAGAAAAAGUUGUCUACCUUGUGGUUUUUCAUCUGUCAUUUGUCAUGUUUGUAUGGUCCUAUUGGAAGACAAUUUUCACAUCUCCUGCAUCCCCCUCUAAGGAGUUCUGCUUGUCAAAAGCUGAUAAAGAACAAUAUGAAAAAGAAGAGAGACCAGAGUCUCAGCAGGAGAUUUUAAGAAGAGCUGCUAAAGACUUGCCUAUCUAUACGACAACAGCAUCGAAAGCAAUCAGAUACUGUGAUCGAUGCCAGCUAAUCAAACCUGACCGCUGCCACCACUGUUCUGCAUGUGACAUAUGUGUACUAAAAAUGGACCACCACUGUCCAUGGGUGAAUAAUUGUGUGGGAUUUUCUAACUACAAAUUCUUCCUCCUGUUUUUAAUGUAUUCGUUAUUGUACUGUCUGUUUGUUGCUGCUACAGUCUUGCAGUACUUCAUAAAGUUUUGGACAAAUGAAUACGCAAAAUUCCACGUAUUAUUCCUUUUCUUUGUGGCAGCCAUGUUCUUCAUCAGCAUACUGUCACUCUUCAGCUACCACUGCUGGCUAGUUGGCAAAAACAGAUCAACCAUAGAAACAUUCCGUGCACCCACGUUUCGAAAUGGCCCUGAUAAAAAUGGCUUUUCUCUUGGAUGCAGCAAAAAUCUGAGGGAGGUUUUUGGAGAUGAAAAGAAGUAUUGGCUACUCCCUAUCUUUACCAGUUUGGGUGAUGGCUGCACUUUUCCAACUCGUUUGGUGAUUAUGGAUCCAGAGCAACUUACUGUCUCAAGCCAAAAUGAACCUGCCAAAAGUUCUGGAGCCAAUCAGUCCUUUCCUACUCGACCGCUCAGUGAAUCACAAAAUCGUUUGCUAGCCAGUGACAGUCAGUCGGUGGAAAGUGGCCCUGAAGAGGAAAACGUUAAAUCAGGUGCAAAAAGGCAUAUUAUAGUUUCAUUGGAAAGCUGAUCUCAGCUGAUUACUAACCAACCAUCUCAAUGAGAGACAGGUUUCUGCAACACAUUUUGUGCUUGAAUAUUACUUAAUUUUGUUUGGAAGAGUUGAUCCAUAAGAAAUGGAACAUGAACAUUUUCGGAAGACUCAAGAAAUUCAAGUUUCUGCACAGUACAAUGGAUUCUUGUAAGCACUAUUGAAGAGCAGGGAAGUUAAGACAGAUAGAUGCCUUAAGAUUCUUAAUGUGCAUUUAUGCAACACUGAAUUAUAUACUGCUACCAAAGGGCCAAAUCCUGAAGUGCCCUGCUUGGAUGCACAAGGUCCAGAGUGGGAACUAUGCAUUUCUGUUAUGCUGCAGUGGGGGGGAUAGAUUGCAGAGACCUCCCCACAGGCAAACUUCAUACCUUGGGCACUGCAGAAUUCACUUCCAUAGCACGUCUCCAGGGUACAGAAAGAAAGAGAAAAGGAAAAGGAAAAAAAAAAAAAAAAGAAAAAUCAACCUAGAGCAUGGCUGGUGAGUCUGAAGUGCAACUAUACAUAGUUCAACCACCAGGUGAUGGGGAAGGGACUGGCUG